AUGGACGAUCUUGCGCACGUCAGCUUCGUGAACACAGAGUUUCUGCAAAAGAACGGGCUGACUGUGAAGAAUGUGUUGGACUACUUUUUCACCUCGCCUUUCUACCUUCACUUUGGCGGUGCCACGUCCUUGAAUGAGCAGCGGCGACGCGGGCAGAUUGAGGAUCCGUUUGCAAGCGAGUUCGUGUUGCUGGCUGCGAAUGAGGAUGCCAAGGAAGGCCGAGUGGAGACCUCUGUCUUCGUCAUUCAAAGACGUUCAACUGUUCCUCACGAAGCCUUCUACGUUAUCUCAGGCAGCAUCUACAAGGCCCCGGAGAUCUCGGAGCUGAUGGGCAGCGCCCUGUGCCAGGCCGCGCUCAGCGCCGCCGGCAUCCUGAAGAAGCAGCUGGAGGCCAUGCGCCAAAAGGAGUUGCCAGACUUGCCGUCCGAGGGAAGGUUGGAGUCGGAGCCCUCGGAGCCCUCGGAGCCGACGUGGCCUGCCUGGUGCCUCUUUGAGACCAAAGGCCCGCCGGCCUGGCUGCUGGCAGAAGCCAAACUGGCGGCCAAGGUCCCAAGAUGAACGUUACCGAGCUACUUCCCCGCUUGCGGUCUUGGUCUCUGACGAAAAGCUUCCGACGACCUAGCGCAACAGCAAUGCCUCGAUCGUCGCCGGGGACGGACAUCUACUGAAUCGAUCGGACCCACGAAUUGGAACGACGAAGCGACUGAAGCGAAGCGACUGUCCCCUACAUCCGAUAUUGAAGAAGCACAAAUAAUGAAUCAUUCAUCUAUCCA